AUGGAACAACCACCUGAUGACUUUAUCCAAUUGGUGAUCACUCUUGCAAGAGAAGAUGAACAGAAAAAGAAAGAUGUUAUAGACUAUAAUAAUAAUAACACUAUUCAUAAUGACAUUGAAAAGGAUUAUAGUAGUAAUUUAAAAUCAACAGCAAAACAACAAUUCAAUCAGUACGCAUUGAAGCACGAUAGAGUAGUAUCAUGGUUACUCUAUUUAAUCGUCAAUGUCCCCUUUCCAACUAUUAAAGAGAAAUCAGUACAGUUACUAGAUAGAUUGACUAAAAAAGGAGAAACAAAAAAGCUUCGAGAUCUUGAACGGAUUGUAGAUUUGAAACACGAGGAUUUGGACAAGCGUCUUGAUGCACUCAAGAUAUUCAACUCUUUGGUGCAGUCUCGAGGUCUCACUCAUCAACAAUUUAGGUCGUUUCUCCCAUUGGCACUCUCUGUCAUCUCGCAAUUGGACGGCAUUGCACAUGGAGGCGACAUACAGGAAUCUGCAAUCUCUCUGAUGGAUCUUUUCGCCAACGAUGAUCCAUCGUGGAUGCAAGGAUUCAUUCGACAGAUCAUUGACACGUUUCUCGAGGUGAUGGAUAGACAUCGUGGCGGCGGCGGUGAAAAGGGAAAUAUAUCUUCCCUGCCAAAAAACAUCAAACGUAGUAUGUUUGACUUUUUGCUUCUCAUUGCAGAGUCUAACCCCGUCAACUAUGUUGGCAAUCAGAUUGACAAGAUCUUCGUCCACAUGUACGAUUGGCUCAUACAAGUCAAGGAUGUGUCGAUGAAAGAGUGGAACGAGAGCAACACCAAGAUUGACAGUGACAACAACUAUUUCAACUUUCAUUUUGACGAGGAGAAAGACGACAAUAUUGUACCAACAACAACAAAGGACGAUCGUCAACCUGAUAUUUACGACGAUGAAAAUGACGAGGUGGCAGGCCUUACAGCAGACUCUGCGUUUGAACGAUUCGCAGAAGCAAUCGGUCUACGUGUGGCAGUACCCAUUUUAACACAUUUUAACAACCUUUUAAAAUCUCAACACUGGAAAGAAAGAUACGCAGCAAUGAUUAGUUUAUCUAAAGUUUGUCAAUCAGUUCCAAUCACUGUAUCACAUCAAUUUAAUUUUAUUUUAACGUCAGCAUUAAAUUUUGUUGAUGAUGAAAAUACUAGAGUUAGAUGGGCAUCAUUUCAAUUAUUAAUUCAAUUAUCGAUUGAUUUUGACGAGUUGAUGGUUUCAUCAAGAGAUCAAUUAUUCAAUGUGAUUGGAAAAUCAAUUAAUGAUAAAAAUGAACGUGUUCAAAGUUGUUGUUGUGUUUUGGUACAAACAAUGAUGACUUGUCUAACCAAGGGCGACACGAUUGACGAUAAUAUUUUGGAUGGAUUAUUUCGUUCAUUUGAAAUACUACUUGCAUCACCAAAAAUAUAUGUUGUUGAAAGUGCAUUUGCAUCAUUUAUUUUGGUCCUGGGUAUCGUUAAAGAGAAAUUUAUACCUGUAUUAAUAAUAUGUAUCGCCUCUUCUAAUCUUUUGACCGAGCUCUGCAACAAGUUGCGAGACAAAAGAGAAGACCAAGUCGUCAAGGCAGUUAUUCUCUUCCUCAUGGCACAGUACUGUACCCAUGGUGGUGAGUCGGCCAUCAACUCAUUCCCACUGAUCAUUCCAACUAUUGUCGAGUGUCUGACACUCCCCAACCCCUUGGCGCGACAAAAUGCUUCAUUUGCACUUGGCUUGGCGGCACAGACUUCCAAAGACAGAUUCUCAACAUGGGUCAUGCCAGUUUUACAAGCACUCAACGUCAUGAUAUCUUUACCAACUGCACACUCGUCGACGCGCAACAAAAUAGCAACAGAAAAUGCAAUCUCGAGUAUCGGUAGAAUCAUCAGAUAUGUGACACAAGUCGGUAACAACCAGGUAGGUGUCAUCAUUUCAAAAUGGUUAUCAAAGCUUCCCAUCGAUGACGAGGAAGAAAUUCUACCUGUCAUUGAUAACCUUUGUGCCAUCGUCCAUCUCUACACUGAUGAAUGUCUCGGUCCACAAUACCAACAUGUUGUCAAGAUACACGAAAUCAUCCAACACUACAUCAAAACAACCCACCAACAAGACUUACUACUUCAAACUUGGUCAUUUAUCAAAGAAUCGAUUAAAUCAAAUUGGGAUAAUAUUCCUUCAUCAGAUACAAAGUUUCAAAUAGCAUCAAUCUUGAUAUAA